AGAGAGAGAGAGAGAGAGAGAGAGAGUAAUUUUACGGGUGGUCAGAGAGUUUCCCUCGGGGCGAUGAACGGUCAUUUACAGGCACUUGGGGUAACCAGAAGACAACCUGAAGAAACCUGCCAGGUUUCAUAGCCAGCGCACGCUCCAGUCAAUUGGAGAGAGACCGCCUCACUUUUUAAGUCGCUGAGCUCGGACUAGUGUACUCAGGCUUGUUCGUUUACCGGUAGACUUUGCUAUUUUUUAAAGCGUAGGUCCCUCUAGUUGCGGGCUGGAUUUAUAUGAAUAAUUUGGAGUUACGCGCCAGGAUGAACCUGUGAUACUCUGGCGAUCCCCGCGGCUGCGUCGGUCAGGGGGGUGUCGUUGAUGGAGGUUUUAAGUGGGACCUGCUAGGAUGGACGUGGUUGAUGAAACGGAAGCCUUGCAGAGAUUCUUCGAAGGUCAUGAUAUUAACAGCUCUCUGGAGCCGGCCAACAUCGACACCAGUAUUCUGGAGGAGUACAUCAGCAAAGAGGACGACAGCACCGACAUCUGUUUCUCAGAGGUCCACAGCGGUCCAGGCCCAGUGUACCCUUCUCCCCAGCCAGGAGGCUCCUCUACUGGGGGAGUGUGUGGGGUGAGCCCCCCCAUCCCCAUCCGCCAGGGAGCGCAGCCACCCCUGCCCCCACCUCCGCCCUGCCAGACACCUUACCCGCCCCCACCCCCCCUCGGCCUGCUCAGGCACAACUACCCCUACCUGGGGCAACAGAACCCCAACCACCAGGUCAAACCGGAGCACAGAGCGCUCUACGCCCCUGGGACUCUACCAGAGUCGCCUCCGGACUCCAGCUCCGAGCCAUACUCCCCCCAGCAAGUGAAUGACCCGCACAUGCUCAGAACCAUGACCCCUGAGAACAUGUGUCACAUGACCCCGCCGCCCCCCAUGCCCCCUCACCCCCACUAUUCCAGCAUGCACCGGGACAUGUACCUGAAGGCGGAGCCUAUGAUCACUCAGUACCCCAUUGGUCCAGCUGGAAACGGGGGCGGAGACAUGCAGCAGAGCCAGAUGCUUCAUCAGCUCCUCCAGCAUCCACAGCAGGGACAAGAUGGUAUUCCAGUUCACCAGUCCAAGAAGAGAAAGCACUCCGAAUCCCCCAACAGCACUCUCAAUGCUCAGAUUCUCUCUGGCAUCAUCAAACAGGAGCCAGGGUUAAUGCAGGACGCAGAGACCUCCUAUCUGGACCCCAACUACCAGUGCAUCAAAUGGCAGCCCCACCAACAGAACAAGUGGGCCUCCCUCUACGACGCCUCCGGCAAAGAGCUUCCUGUCCCCACAUACAGGGUGGAUGCUGAUAAGGGCUUUAACUUCUCAUUGGCUGAUGAUGCCUUUGUGUGUCAGAAGAAGAACCACUUCCAGGUCACUGUGUACAUCGGCAUGCUUGGUGACCCCAAGUACGUCAAGACCAGCGAGGGGCUGCAGCCAAUUGAAUGCUUCUACUUGAAGCUCAAUGGAGUCAAGCUGGAGGCUAUGAACCAAAGCAUUAAUGUGGAGCAGAGCCAAUCAGAUCGCAGCAAGAGACCCUUCAAACCAGUACUAGUGACGGUUCCCCCAGAGCAGGUCACCAAGGUGACAGUGGGCCGACUGCACUUCAGCGAAACGACGGCCAAUAACAUGAGGAAAAAGGGCAAGCCCAACCCUGACCAGAGGUACUUCAUGCUGGUGGUAGCCCUCCAGGCCCAUGCUCACAGCCAGAGCUUCAGUGUGGCCGCUCAGGUGUCCGAGAGGAUCAUCGUCAGGGCGUCUAACCCAGGGCAGUUUGAGAAUGACAGUGAGGUGCUGUGGCAGAGGGGGCAGAUGCCCGACUCGGUGUACCACCACGGCAGGGUGGGCAUCAACACGGACCGCCCCGACGAGGCCAUGGUCGUCCACGGCAACGUAAAGGUCAUGGGGUCACUGGUGCACCCUUCAGACAUCCGCGCCAAGGAGAACGUCCGCGAGGUGGACACCACUGAUAACCUGAAGAGGAUUUCUCAGAUGCGGUUGGUCCACUAUCAGUACAAACCUGAGUUUGCUGCCAGUGUGGGCAUAGAAACCACUGCUGAAACAGGAGUGAUCGCUCAGGAGGUGCAGCAGAUUCUUCCGGAGGCGGUGAAGGAGGGCGGUGAUGUGGUCUGUGCCAAUGGAGAGACCAUCCCCAACCUACUAGUGGUCAACAAGGACCGCAUCUUCAUGGAGAACGUCGGGGCAGUGAAGGAGCUGUGUAAGCUGACCGAUAACCUGGAGACGCGUAUCGACGAACUGGAGCGCUGGAGUCGCAAACUGGCCAAACUCCGCAGACUGGACAGCAUGAAGAGCACCAUCAGUGGAGGCACCAUCAGCCUAUCAGGAAGCCAGUUCAGUCGGGCAGGAAGUGUACCCCUGAAGAAAAAAACAACGAAACCUGGGAGCAAGAGCCCCACCCCGGAGCAAGGCUGUCUGAGUCAGCGUUUCCUGCAGGGCACCAUACUGGCUCUGGUCGUCAUCAUGGCCUUCAGUGUGAUCUCCAUGUCCGUCCUCUACGUGUUGAACCUGCACCAUCAUGCUGCGAUCACCCAGAGUGAUGGUUCUGGGUCCUCCUGCGUUCUUGUGGCCUCCUGGGUGCCGCUCUUCACCGUUACUCUCUGUCCUUCUGUCUGUCCAUGGUCCAGUUCAGCUCACGGUUCGGCUCGUAAUGCCGUCUACUCACCCAGAGCCUAUCCCUCUGGAGGACCAGGUACCUCUCCACCCUCCACUUCAUUGCCCAAUCAUGUGGCUUGCUGUCCUCCAACAACUGCCAUGACCAACCAAUCAGCAACAAGCCUGUCACCUAGCACCAACCAAUCCACCACAGACGCCAGCAGCCCGUCCCCCACGCAGCCCAGCAUCAACAAGAAGGCCAAGUCGCGGCCCCUGGACAAGGACGGCCGCAGCAGGAACCGGCUGAGCCACACGUCCGCGCCGCUCUUCCUCAGCAAGGCCAAGCGGCCCCCCACGCCAGACCUCAGCGCCGGGGAGGGCGCCAACCGCCUGCCCGGGGGCCAGCCCCCACCGCCGCGCAGGCAACGCAGUGCACACACACGGGGUCAAGGCACUUCUCCCUCCAUCAGUGUGCUCUACAUCCUGGAGACAGAUCAAGAAAUAACAACUAAGACCUGCCCUGUACCAGAGGACUGCAGGCCUGGGCAUUACAGCUUCACUGUGCCUUUACAGAAAAAUGUCUCCUCAUCUAUGUCACAUAUUACUUUACACAUGAUCUCUGAGGAGAGUGUGUGUGUUCAGCAGUGUGGUGUGACUCUGGGUCGUCUGUGUCCCGAUCACACAGGGACAAGUGUCCCUGCCAAACAGGAAGCCAUAACAAAGGGCACUGAUCACCUGUGGUCAGUUCCUGUGCUCUCAUUCCAAGACGUCACCUACCACUUCCGCGUGUCUCCAUCGGGCGUGGUGAGCUGUGCCAUUGAGGAAGAGGAGAGUCAGGGUGAGGAAGAUGAGGUCUCCUCGCCGUUCUCUGAUUACUACUUCCUCAUCCAGAGCAGCUGUGCCUGAGAUGGAUGUCGGGUUGUCUGUAUAGUUCUUUAUUUAACAACUUUCACUCUGUCUCUUCAUUUGUCUCUUGUCUCUCCCCCUUUCUCAUCUCUCAUCCCCCUCUUACACACCUCUUUCUCUCUCUUUUUCAUCCAUGUUGUUUUUCUUUUGUCUUUUUGUCAUGAUGAUGUUCUUUUGCUUUGAGAUGAUUUCAUCCUAUGAUUGGUCCCACACCACCAUCUCCAAUUUGUUUUUCUGUGAGGGUGCAACACCCCCCACCACCCCCAUAACCCACACACACACACACACACACACACACACGCACACACAAAAUGUGUUUGGGCUUGAGAGAACUUGCCAAGCCGUGAAUAUAAACAGGUACCAGUGGGUGUGGGUGUGGGUGUAAGUGUGUGUGUGCAGUUAGAGUUUACAGCUGAAGUGUGUGUGUGUUGAUGGAGGCUCUGUGUCCGUCAGACAGAUGGACUGCAGCAAGACUCUGCUGUGGAAUCCGAAUGUAAACACAAUAGUAAAACAUACCGCGGCUGAUAAAUCUCUCCGCUCACUCACCCCUGUGGCCUCCCAACAACAACCCCAUUAUCACCCUCAAACGGACACGACACACACAUGCACACACACACUGCCUUGUGCACAGACAUCAUGGACAUCACUGUCUCUCUCUCUCUCACACACACACACACACACACACAUAGAUAUUUACACUUUUGAUGACCUUUGCUAACUGUUUAUGUCUAAGUAAUUCCCCCUCGCCCCAAAAGUUAAACAGGAUUCAUGGGGCUUGAUCUCCAUGUACACUGGAACCUUUUCCAACACCACCUUGACACUGUGUUACUGUUCAUUGCCAUGGAGAAGACAGAUGAUUUGGCUCAGAGUCUGGGUUUCUACAGCCCAAGGGUCUAUUUCCUGGAAGAUGUUGAGCAAAGACUAUCUUUAAAUGGCAGAGAUAAUGAACAUUCUCUCGCUCUCUGUCUUCCAAGACACUUUUGGGAAAUGUACUCCAGAGUGUUUGAGUCAGCGCCUGUCCCAGUUGAUGUUGUUGCUCUUUCAGAUGAUAUUUGGUUUAAUACACAAUGGUUGAUGAUGCAGUUAAUGCACGCACCAGAGGCGCAAGCGCAACAAUUAUUUCAUGACAAAUUACAGAAUGUUUUCUUUAUUUUUAUAUACUUGGGGGGUUAAAUAGUAUUUUAACAGGCCACUAUUAGACAGCCAUAACUGUUGUUUUCAUAUGUGUGUGGAGUAGUCUUUACAACUGUAUUCAACAGCAAAAUGAUGGUGUCACAGUGCCCUAUCAUCUCAAAAGAUAUUAAUCACUGGAUUUGUUAUAUACCUAAAAGCAUCACUGGCUAUUUUUGAAACUGGAAGAUCUAAAACACUGGAACAUAUCAGAAGUGGUUAAUAA